AUGCGUUUCACACCCUACGCUGCUGCAAGCGCCCUGGCUGCUCUGGCCAGCGCUCAGACUUUCACCGACUGCAAUCCCACAGAGAAGGAGUGCCCGAAUAACCCAGCCAUGCCCCAGACCUUCGAGACUGAUUUCACAGCUGGCAAAGAUGCUAUCAAGGGCUGGAAGCAGACUGCUGGUAGCCUCACAUACAACAACGAGGGUGCCGUGUUCACUGUCGCGAAGAAGGGCGAUGCUCCCACCAUUGGUUCAGAGUCUUACCUACACUUCGGCUACGUAGAAGUCAAGAUGAAAGCUGCCCCCGGACAGGGUAUCAUCUCUUCGAUUGUUCUUCAGUCUGACGACCUUGAUGAGGUUGACUGGGAGUGGAUCGGUGGUGUCGAUGCCAAGGUGCAGAUGAACUACUUCGGCAAAGGUAACACCACGACUUACGACCGUAUGAUCGAGGCCGAUGUUACCAGCACACAAAACGAGUUCCACACCUACGCCCUCAACUGGACCUCAGAGUCGCUGACCUGGCUCAUUGACAACAAGCCCAUGCGCACCUUGAAUUACGCUGAUGCCAACGGCGGUAAGAACUUCCCGCAAACACCCUGCAACGUCCGAUUGGGUAAUUGGCCCGGUGGUGACUCUGAGAAUGAGGGUACUGUUCAGUGGGCUGGUGGCAAGGUAGACUACACCAAGGGCCCCUUCAACAUGACUGUUGCUAGCAUCAAGGUCACCAACUACUCGCCCGGCACUGAGUACCACUGGAAGGACAAGACCGGCUCUUUCGAGUCUAUCGAGGUUGUCAAUGCUGGCAACAAGGACGGUGCUCCUCAGAACACUGCUGUUCUUGAGUCUUCCGCAUCCGCCACUGGGUCUGGCGCGCCUCUUGAGUCUGGCUUCGCUGCUCCUACUGCUACUGGCAGCGCUUCAAAUGGCGGUCCUUCCAACGGCACCAGCACUACCUGCACUGAGGGUCAGCAGGGAGCUACCCCUACGCCUUCCAACCCCAGCAAAACC